CCAAACACUUUUAAAUAGAAGAACAAUAGGGAUUUUCAGUACGAUGGCGUCAAAAGUUUUGUUUUAAACGAGUGUUCUUGAACGCACCAUGAAUCCGGACCAGGGGGGCGUGGGUUUGACCGGCUUUCUCGGAGACACAAUGAGGCGGCGGACGAGCGGGGUGCCCACGUUUUUUUCCCCGUAGCUUUAGCAGCACUUUUAGCUAAUUUUUUAUUCUUUUUUUAAGUAUUGUGUUUGUUUUUCUCAAUAACAUCAAAACUACUAAAACGUUUAUGGCGGUAACAGGACUUAGUUGGAAACGGGUUUUUCGUCGAGGUUGACGACAACGAGGUCCGAGUCAAGAGUUUCGAGUUAGCCCCUUGUGCCGAUAUUUUUUCUACUUUUUACCCCGCUUCAUUUUUUGGUAACAUGUCGCUGGCCACGUCGCCUGAUUACUUCGCCGCCGAGUGUCUGGUGUCCAUAUCCAGCGGUCCCGUUCUGCACAGACCCACCCCGGUCGCCCCCGUGAGCCAGCCUGCCACGCCGGGCCUUCCCUUCGGGGAGCCCGACGGCUCCAACGAGGACAGGGAAGUGCGGGAGACGCUGAAGCUGGAAGGGAGCAACCUGAUGACGGUUGCUAGCAUCCUCACCGACCUGCACAGCAAGUUUCGGCCCAUGUCAGCCUACUCGGAGAGCAGCAACUCCUCGUGCGGCGGGGAGAGCGGCUACACCACGUUGUCUGACCCCACUACCCCGACAAUGACCCCCUCCGCCACGCCGGUCCCGGGACAGCAGCAGGCGGGGGGCGCCGGGCUGCCCCGGUCCCCGGUGAAGCGACAUCAGUGCACUUUUGACGGAUGCGACAGAGUUUACGGGAAAUCGUCCCACCUGAAGGCGCACAUCCGGACCCACACAGGUGAGAGGCCCUUUCCAUGCACCUGGCCAGACUGCGAGAAGAAGUUUGCCCGCUCGGACGAACUCACCCGCCACACCCGCACUCACACCGGGGAGAAGCGCUUCGCCUGCCCUCUGUGCAGCAAGCGCUUCAUGCGCAGCGACCACCUGAAGAAGCACGCCCACCGCCACCCCAACUUCAAGCCCCACAUGUUGAAGCACAACCGGGGCAUGCUUGCCGAUUCUUAGCCGAGCCUGGCGUGGAGGCUGAGGUUCCUAGAUUCAAGCUUCCGAGAAAUCCACAACCGUGAGCAGUGGGCUCAAUGUUUCAGGGCAGGAAUUCACAUUUUCACAGAUGAGUCAUGUGACCACUUUUCAAUAUAGUUUGGAAAAGUCUCUGCACCCAAGGACUGGGGAUUCAAGCUCCUCAUCUUUCACUGGACCUACUGAAACCUUCAUCUCCAAGCUGCGUAUGGAUCACAGCAUCCUUCCCAAAGUGGACUGAGAGUUAAACUCAUUUUUGUAUAUUAGGUUUUUUCCCAAAAGCAUAAAAAAAUACAAGUACAAUAAUACAAUUUUAGCUAUCAGUGUCCCCUAUAAAGUUGCCUCAGUGUUUGUAUCACUAAAAGCUAAUCCUCUUGCAUACAGCUGAUUUUUUUACAUAUAUAUAUAUUUUCAACCAAACAUGCAUCAGGUGGGAAGUGUAGCAUCACAUCGGCAGCGCCUUCAUCCUUCCUGCCCAGCUGGGCUCUGAGCCGUCACUAAGCUGAACCUUUUGAUCCCAUCAGAACAGCUGAACUCACAGUCGAGCUGCUCAGCCCGACAGCUAAAGAUGUUCACUCUCUGUCUAUGAAUCAUUGGGCAUUAUUGUUCUAGAGAGAUGAAGCCAGAAUUAAUUCCAACUGCAUCGUUUCCAAAUUAUGCAUCUUAGCAAAGAGAAAUUGAAACUCGUUAACUGCAAGUUGUCAGAAGUUUUAAAAGAACAUUCUAGGAAUAUAUAAAUAGAGUUGAAUCAGAAAACUACGGAGCUAUUGCUCUGUAAGUCAUGGUACUUAAAAACAUUCCUAAAAACACAAGCAGACGUAAAGGAUCCUUUUUUGUUUUUUCAUGUCAACCCAAAGCUGAUCACAGAGUACCUCACUGUUACCUGCAGGUUUGUCGCAGCACAGAGACUUUUUCUACUCAUUAAAUAAUCCUACAGAUCAAGAUAAGAUGGCAUCCAUUUCUGAACACACAGGAAAUGUUCACUUUUUUAUUUUUAAAGGAUCAUAUGGUUUGUUAGUUUAUGAUUUUCAUUUUUUUUGCUCUGUACUACCAGAUAUUUACAAUGAGUACAUUGUGAUUUUUAGCUAGCUUUUUCGUUUGUCUUGAUUUAUUAUUAUUCAUUAUUAUAUUAGUACUCAUCUCUACUCAGACUCUUCUUAGAUAGUUCAUUUGAGAUAUUUGUUAUUUUGCCGGAAAGUAGUCCGACCGUAACUGUAGAGGAGCAGUUUGCACGCCGAUCUUAAGGCAAGAUUACUUAUCAUAAAAUGCUGAUACAUAAUACGCUGCAGUAUUAUGUCUAAUAUUGUCGCAAAUGUAUAUGAGCUUUAAGCUUUUAAUGUAGAGAAGGUGGUAAUGUUGCUAGCAGAAGAAAAGAGAUGGUUGUAGUCCUUUUUAUUAGGAGUGACAGACUUGAUAGGAAGGCAUUGCUUGUAGGACAUGUUUCCCUCUUCUCUCUGUGGCAGCAGAAGUGUGUAUGUGCUUCAUGCUAUUUAAGAAAAACACGUUUAGAAUUGAGGGAGUGGUGCUAUGAUAUGGCUUUAGCGUGGUUUCUUUCCAGCCUGCUGCCUUCAAAGUAAAAGUACUCAGGCUUUUCUGCUGGAUGUAGAGCCAAGUGUGCAGUUCUGUUUCAUCAAAUCUAUCCAGUAAAGUUUGAACGCAAAAUAAUCUGGUUAAAGCAGGUUUUUGUGAAAAUCAAAAUGGCGUCAAAACUUGAUGAUUUUUUUUUUUUUUUUCCUUUUUUGGAGUGCGUUUAUCAAACCUGGAUUUUAUUUAGACGCUCCAUCCUCACAUCUGCAGUUCACUAAGGUGAACCCCAAGAGUUAUGACCUGCAAUGAAUUGUGGGAUUGCGGAGGAUUUGAGAGGAAUAAAACACUGGCACCUUUGCAGUGACUUUGUUUUAAUAAAACCAGUGUUUUGAUCGUCAUCAAAAAGUUAUGCACUCCUAUUGAAGGUUUGCUUUUUGUUCGACUCAAAAAGUUCACAUCAGUUUCUGCUCUAACUUUAAACCUCUUUCCCGCCGUUUGGCUCAUUCCUGUACAUCCAUGUCAGCAGACGAACACUUCCCCAGACUCUCCAAGCCUUAAACUAUGUUAUUACUGCUUGACAGCGUGUUUACAGUCAUAUUGUAGGUUAUACUGGAUGGUUACACAGACUCGUGCAAUGUGGCACUUUUUGAUUUUUCCUGAAUGACUGAUUUGGCUGAAGAGUGUAAUGGUUUGCACUGUUACUGCGCUUCUUUGAGCGAGCACUGUGGAACUUUGCUGAUCUGUUUUUAAAGACCUUCUUUUUGCUUUUAGAAAAAAAAACUGGUGUUUUAUGCAGUUAGCUGUUUAUUUAGUAUUUGCUUAGCUGUCCAGGACAUCUCUUGUGUACCUUGUUGUGUUUUUGUGGCCUGUUUACCUUUAUUUCCACUGGGAUAAUGGAUCAACUGCAUCAGUAUUCCUCUUCGCCGUUGGGUUCAUUUGAAAGGAAGCUGUUUUCACGGAAGCGAGUGCGAUGUUUGGAGAUUCAGAACACAUUUUCUCACCGUUUCUGGUUGCUGCUGGCAGUGACCUCGAACAUGGACGUUUUUCAGCAGGAGAAAGCAAAGCAUUUUGUUUGUUUCUAACGCAGGAGUUCACAUCCUGAUGGAGGCAGCUUUCAAAGCUGCAUCACAAGCACAUACCUCACAGUUUCUGUACAGAUACCCUCCAAUCUCUGUCUUUCAGAAAGCCAUAAGCCAUGGAUCGGGCUCGGGUCUCAGAACUCGCUCUGUUCUUUGCCCUCGUCCUCAAUAUGCAACAUCCUAACUACCUGUGCAGCAGCAGAUUUCUUUGUGUUUCCCUCCUCGAUCUUUAGUUACUAACAGUUUCUAGCUUUUCUUUUCUUAGGAAGUGAAAAUGGGCAUUGAAAAAAAAGAUCCUGAUAAAUUUAACACAGUGGAAAUGACUGAAAUAUUCAUUCCAAAAAAGUUUUUUUUUUUUUUUUUGGAUAAAAACAAUUCUUGCAACCACACUAAUUCAGAUAUGCACAUUGUACAGUGGUUUUUUUUUUUUCCAUUUUCGAUUUUGUAAUUUUCGAGAUCCUUUAAUCAAAGCUUUAGUUGAAAUAAAUGGGUGGAUCUUUGGAACUAAAUACUUGCUGCAACAAGCUUUCUUUUUUUAAACAAAUAUUUAUAUUCUCAGGUGUCUUAAAUUUUGAGGAUUGGAGUUUCAAUAUCUCCUGUGUAAAGCUGAGGUAGACGCAUGUUUCAUAUUUCUUUUGUUUUGCGGGUAAUUUAUUACAAAUCAGAACGACUCAUUUGUGUGGUUUUUUUUUUAGUUAUUCUUUUCAUUUUCGACUAAUUUUGUUCAAAGGAACAGUACUAAGUGGUUCCGAUGUUUGCUUGACUGUUGCUUUUGUUUUUUAAAUUAAAGGUAAAGUUUACUGCU